AUGGACGACGGAAGGAGCUCACGCAUCACCACCUCCUUUCUGCUGGCAAACCUGCAUUGUCCGUCAUGUGUCUCGUCGAUCCAGCAGGCUCUUCAGGAAUCGUCCAGCCACGAUGUGAUUUGGGUCUCACCAAACGUCGUCACGUCCGUCGUCACCAUUGAACACAGACACACGCCAACUCCCGACAUCACCAUCAGAUGCAUGGCCAAAUCACUUCAAGAUGCCGGCUUUGAGAUCUGUGGUGUCACUACCACGGCUGCUACCGACACCGACCUGGAGACAAUCACCCAGACCCAACCGCAAACUGGGGUGGAUGACUCCACUCACAACGGUGCCCUUGAUGGGCUGCUUUCCUUCACGCCCAGAUGGUCCAGUGAAUCACCAGAGGCGCAGCGAGAGGCCCAUCUUCUCAACUGCAAACAGUGUCGUGAAUCAGACGACUCGUCCCAUAGCGAAGAUCGAGGAGUGCCAUCAAACUCGAACGGGCAUCAGAACGGGCUGCGGAAGUCCAGGAGCAAAAGCAAUGGCAUUGCGAGUGUGAAGGACAUGUCAUCGGACGGCUCGAAAUGGAGAGCAACGCUCUCUGUCGGUGGCAUGACGUGCGCGUCUUGCGUGAAUGCCAUCAGGGAGGAACUGAACAAACGGGAUUGGAUCGACAAUGCCACCGUCAACUUGGUCACCAACAGCGCCACUGUCGACUUUACUGACAAGUCCAACGCGGCGAGGAUCGCCGAGGCCAUCGAAGACAUGGGUUAUGAUGCCAACCUUGACAACCUUGCAGAACUCAACGACAACGGCGACGAUGGCAGUGAGGCAGGCAGCGAGGGCGAAAAAUGGAGGGUAACCGUGGCCAUUGGCGGCAUGACUUGUGCUUCCUGUGCCAACACCAUCACAGAACAGUUGAGUAAGAAGGAUUGGAUUUCCAACGUCUCUGUCAACCUAGUCGCGAACAACGCCACGAUCGACUACACCGUGGAGGGUAAACAGGACGAGAUCGUUCAGUCUAUCGACGAUAUGGGAUACGACGCCACCCUGGAUACCGUGACGAGAGUCAGGUCUGAGGACAAGGGCGCAAAGCAGCGGACGGUCCAAAUCUUGAUCAAGGGCUUGUACUGUCAACACUGCCCCAGCCGAGUGACGCACUCUCUUACAUCAUUCACCCAUCAAUUGAAGGUUGUCUCUCAGCCUAGUCACGAGAAGCCUCUGGUAACCGUCAAAUACACACCCGACGCACCCUUCUUCACCAUUCGACAAAUCCUGUCCGCCAUCGAUGCCGCCGACCCUUCGUUCAAGGCGUCCAUCUACCAUCCUCCCAGUCUCGAGGAGCGAUCCAAGCUCAUCACCCAAAAGCACCAACAGCAGCUCCUUCGACGAGUCUACUUGACUUUCCUGGUGACUAUCCCCACUUUCGUCAUUGGAAUCGUUUACAUGAGUCUGGUCCCCGACUCGGACCAUGGCAAGCAUUAUCUCAUGAAGCCGUGGGUCUCCGGUCUCAACCGAGCGCAGUUUGCUUUGUUCGUUCUCGCCACCCCCGUGUACUUUUUCGGAGCCGACGUGUUCCAUAUCAGAGCAGUCAAGGAGAUCAGGAACUUGUGGCGUCCGGGAAGUAAGACGCCCAUUCUUCGACGCUUCUACAAGUUCGGAAGCAUGAACAUGCUUAUGUCUCUUGGCACGACUAUCGCCUACGUCUCGUCCAUCGGCCAGAUGAUUUCUGCUGCUAUCAGCAAGCCCGUCGAGGUUGACGAUACUCACUUUUACUUCGACUCGGUCGUCUUCCUGACGCUGUUCCUCCUAUUGGGUCGUCUGAUCGAGUCUUACAGUAAGUCCAAGACGGGCGACGCAGUCGAGAUGCUGGGCAAGCUGCGACCGACUACAGCCAUUCUCGUCACCAAAGACUCCAUCGGAAAGACUACCGACUCCGUUGUUGGGGUUGACAUGCUCGAGUACGGAGACAUCGUUCGCGUGCCACAUGGCGCUUCGCCUGCGGCAGACGGAAUUGUAGUGCAGGGCGAGAGCAGCUUUGACGAGUCGAGCUUGACGGGCGAGUCUCGGUUGAUCAAGAAGAUCCCUGGCGAUGAGGUUCACGCCGGCACGGUUAACAAGGACUCGGCCAUUCAAGUUCGCAUUACGGGUGCUGCCGGAGCGUCUAUGCUGGAUCGGAUCGUCUCAAUUGUUCGCGAGGGCCAGACCAAGAGGGCGCCUAUGGAGCGCGUCGCCGAUGUGCUGACGGCUUACUUCGUCCCCAUCAUCACCUUGAUCGCCGUUAUCACUUGGCUCACCUGGAUAAUUCUUGGGUACGCCGGCGUCGUCCCUGGGCGGUACCUUGACUCCGAGAGCGGAUGGGCGGCCUUUGCCCUGCAAUUCGCUAUUGCCGUCUUCGUUGUUGCUUGCCCAUGUGGUCUUGCUCUGGCGGCUCCGACGGCCAUCUUUGUCGGUGGCGGCCUCGCUGCGAAGCAUGGUAUUCUCGCCAAAGGAGGAGGAGAGGCAUUCGAAAAGGCCAGCAAUGUUGACGUUGUCGUCUUCGACAAGACCGGUACGCUGACCGUAGGCGGCGAACCCAAGGUCACCGACUCGAAGUUAUACCUUGACAAAGAAGACGGUGCCAGCUUGGAGUCUAGCAUGGUUUUGGCUACCCUGCGAGCAAUCGAGGAAAACAGCAGUCAUCCGGUGGCUAAGGCCAUCGUGUCCUUCUGCACCACGCAAACCGACGCCUGGGUCCACGUCGAUGACCUUCAGGAGCUCCCGGGCAAGGGCAUGAAGGCAACGAAUCGCGGGGAGAAGCCCGAGGAGUCUUUCGACAUGAUUGUCGGCAACGAGUCUCUGAUGCGCGAUCACGCUGUUGAUUUCGCCGACCGGGUAUCUUCUCAGCUGCAAAAGUGGAAGAGCGAGGCCAAGUCGGUCGCUUUGGUGGCUGUUAGACCUACCCUGGCCAAGCCCGGUGCCCCCUGGGCACUCGUCGCAGCGCUGUCCAUUUCCGAUCCCAUCCGUCCGGAGGCAGUCCGCAUCAUCAAGGCGCUCCAGGAGCAAGGCACCCGCGUCUGGAUGCUCUCUGGCGAUAACGUCGUCACCGCCAAGGCCGUAGCCAACCUCGUGGGCAUCGACCCCGAGAACGUCCUGGCCGAGGUCCUUCCUUGGGAGAAGGCGGACAAGAUCACGUACCUGCAGACGGUUCUCAAGGCGCGCGUCGGCCGGUCUCGUGAACACACCAAGAACCGUGCCAUGGUCGCCAUGGUCGGUGACGGCAUCAACGACUCCCCUGCGCUGACCAAGGCCGACGUUGGCAUUGCCAUAGGAAGCGGCAGUGACGUGGCUAUCUCGAGUGCGGAUUUCGUCCUCGUCACCAGCGACCUCCGCGCGGUCGUGACGCUGCUCGAGCUCAGCCGGACGGUUUUCAGGCGCAUCAAAGUCAACUUUGGGUGGGCAGUCAUCUACAACAUCCUCGCCAUUCCGAUUGCCGCCGGAUGUUUGUAUCCGAUUACGACGAGUGGGGGACAGCACGUGCGGUUGGACCCUGUCUGGGCUAGUUUGGCCAUGGCAUUGAGCAGCAUCAGUGUAGUCUUGAGCUCGUUGGCCUUGAGGAGCAAGGUCCCAUGGUUGGGUUUCCGGGCUAGGAAGAUCGAGUAG